CUCGUCAAGAACAGGGGAGGCAGGGGAGGAGGUAUAAAAUGCAAAAUCUGACUAGGGUUCUCGCCCAAUUCUCGGCCGGCCGCCGCCGCCACCCCUCUCUUCUUCCUCCUCUCCGCGAUUCCACCGUCUUUCUCCAGCAGUGCCGCCACAGGACAAGAGGAGGAGGCCUCAGAGGGCCGGCGACGUGGAGCCGCAGGUCGGCGGCGAAGCCAGCCGACGAACCGCAGCCACGCCGGCGAUUAAUCCGCCGUGCCCUCCUCCUCUUCCUUGAGGCGCCUGCAACGGUGAUACCGCCCUCCCCGUCGUCUCCUCUGCCUCCUCUCCCAACUAAGGUCUGCCGUCCACAUUGAGCAACCCCUCGCCGCCGGCUCCUCUUCCUCCUCUCCCAAUUAAGGUCUGCCACCCACGGGGAGCAACGCGCUCGCCGCCAUCACCUCUUAUUCCAAGGAAUCCGAGGACGACUGGGAUUGCGCGCCAUAUUUUCCUUCUUCUGCCUUCCUUCUACUUCACGGGAUUGUUGAUUUAUAUGACCGGAUCAAUAGCAGCAGCGGCGGUACAGGAUUCAACCUCCGCAUCGCGAACAGGGCUGGAUUUGCUCCGUUGUACACAUGAUACAUUAUUUAGGAAUAGCAAAAUAAUAAUCAUCCGUCACCUACAGUCGGAUUAGGACCCCUCCCCUUCGGACUGGGAGGGGCUGCUGCUUCCGGUGCGGCUAUUAUUUAGUAGCGGAAUAAGAAGGUGCUAGCGUUGGGUUUUCGGCAGGGAGACAAUCGCCUGCAAUAAUCUCCUCCUUGAAUUUCUCCAUGGAGGCGAUUAACAAAAAUAACAAUUCCCAGAACCAGAGCCAACAUCUUGAGGAGGAAGAUAGGCUCAGCCCGCUGACUGAUGAUAUUUUACUGUCUAUCUUGGGUAGAGUCAGUUUACAUAUGGCUGCAAGGACAUGUGUGCUUUCUACACGGUGGAAGCAUCUGCCUUGGUUGCUACCUGAACUCAGCAUCAAUGUUGAGGAUUUCCUAUCUGUUCCAUGCACUGAACCUAUUGAGGCAAAUUAUAUGGAGGAAGCUAUGGUGUCUUUGACCAAAGCAACCAGGAGUUUCUUGUCUGAUCAGCAGAGAGGAUGCACCAUCUCAAGUCUGCACCUCAAGCUCUACUUGAUCAACACUUUCUUGUGUGAAGUUGGCCCACUGGUAGGUGGCGCAAUUGACAAUGGUUCGUUGAAAGAUCUGGAUCUCACCGUUCUUGAUGGGACAGAGCCUUUGGACUGCAGUGACGAGGAUAUGCUGCAGCGAGCUCAAGAAAUUGAUACUUUCUUUCAUGCCUACCCUAGUGUGCUCAACUGCCUCACAAAGCUCUCUCUGCAAAACGCCGGCUUUGACAAUUUGGACAUGCACCAUCUCCUGUUUGACUGCUGCAAGCAACUGAAGCAUCUGCGUCUUUGUUAUUGUGAUACUGGCACCUACUCUGUCUUUAAGAUUGAUGCACCAAACUCAAAACUUUGUGUUUUAGAAAUCGAUGUCUGUCGCUUUGAGAGGCUUGAAUUGGUCUGCCUUCCGAAAUUGGAGAAGUUCAUAUGCAUUACUUGGGUGGCAUCUCAGCAUGUCCCAGUAACCUUUGGGUUUGUCCCAUCUCUUGGAGAAUUAGAACUAUCAUGUGGUGCAUCGUAUCGUCGACGCCCAUUUAAAUUAAGUGAGCUUCUACAUGGAACAACAAGCAUACACACUCUCACAUUGCAUUUCCAAGGAGAAAAUCUUUGGUUGCAACCUGAAAUGGAGGAACUCCGCACCGCAUUCAACAAGCUAAAGAAGCUCUCCGUGUGUGGCAUCUUUGUUGAAUUCGACAUUUUAUGGAUGACGGCCUUUCUCGUAGCAGCACCAUCUAUCGAAAAACUACAUAUUCGGGUAUGGAACCAUGUAUGCGAUGUGGGUGAGUUCAGAGGUGAUAUCUUCCGUGACAGAAAGACUCCUCAGUGGGAAAUGCGCUUCGAUGGCUCCGAAAACAGGCUGCUGAAGGAGCUAGAAAUCGGUGGCUUUAGAGCACUAGAGCAACAAUUUACUUUUAUAAGAUCCAUGUUGGAGCGAUCUCCCAACUUGCAGAAGAUAACUCUCUUAGGAGACGACCAAUGCGAUGAGUGUGAUGCUCUUGAUGCAUCACUUCAUCCUUCGAAAUUUCCGGAGAAGGAUGAGGAAGAAAUGGUGGCUGAGAGGAUUAGAGACGGCCUAUUCUCACCAGAGAUAAUUUUCGAUGAAGACUGGUCGCUGAGCAUCUGAGAUUUCUUGUUAGUACGACUACACAUUUGCACUUUUGUUAACCAUGUGCUAAAAUGUAAUCUUCAGAGUUUAUUUUCAUACCUCACAAAGAUCUUGUGGAUUGUUUCAUUUUGUGAAUUAUGCCUUUCUUUGACA